AUGAAGCGAGGUCGUAAUAGUGGUUUGAUUGAAAAAUCUGAAAUCAUACUUUGGCGGAGAAGAUAUUUAAAAGAUAUUAAAAGAUACAGAGAAGAAGGAAGGCCAAUUUACUUUUUAGAUGAAACGUGGGUAAACGCCGGAGAUGUUAAUAGCAAAGUAUGGGUCGACAAAACUGUAACGUCAGCUCGAGUGGCAUCUUCCGAGGGACUUUCGACUGGAGCAAUAAACCCUACUGGCAAGGGGAAACGUUUAAUUGUUAGCCACAUCGGUUCCGAAGAUGGAUUUGUUCCCGGAGGUCUUUUGUGCUUUGAGUCAAAGAAAAACACCCAAGACUAUCACGAUGAGAUGAACGGAGACUCUUUUCGUGAUUGGUUGGAAGGUGUUUUGCCGAAACUCAAAGACAACGCUGUCAUCGUAAUGGACAACGCUCCUUAUCAUUCGGUGAAAAUUGAAAAAUGCCCAACUACGAAUUGGAGAAAAGCUGACAUAAUUGCAUGGCUCCAGAGCAAAGGAGAGCAAGUCGACAACACAAUGCUUGUCAUAGAAUUGUUAGACGAAGUUAAAAAAUUGAAACCAUUAUAUAACAAUUAUGUCAUCGAUGAAAUGGUAAAAGCUAACAAUAAAAUUGUCCUUAGACUUCCUCCGUAUCAUUGUGAGCUUAAUGCAAUUGAACUCGCAUGGGCUAUAGUUAAGAAACAUGUCAAAGAUAACAACAAAACUUUUAAAUUACAAGAUAUAAAACACUUGUUAGUUGAAGGAGUGAAUAAAGUUGGCCCUGAUAUGUGGAAAAAUUUUGUCGGUCAUGUGAUAAAGGAGGAAGAAAAAGCAUGGAGUUUGGAUAAUGUGGUCGAAGAUUUCAUGUCAGCAGAAAAUCAGCCUUGUGUUCUUACUAUUGGCCAAAGCGACUCGGACGACGAUGAUGAAGACUUCAGAUACCUAUCAGAUACAGACUAA